GCCUGAAGGCCCCGGAGUGCGCCAGCGGCAUGUACAAAGAGAGUGUCUACUCCGCCUUCAAUCUGCUCAUGCACUACCCGGCCCCCUCGGGCGCAGGGCAGCACCCGCAGCCGCAGCCCCCGUUGGUAAGUGGCCCCGGCAGCCAGUGCCCAUCCGGUGCCUGCUGUCUCGCUGACCAGCACAAGGCCAGCCAACCCCCCCACAGCGUCCCCCAACUCUCUCCUCUCUACGAACAUUUCAGCAGCCCACACCCCACACAGGCCCCUGCGGACAUCAGCCAGAAGCAAGGAGUUCACAGGCCUCUGCAGACUCCUGAGCUCUCUGGCUUCUACUCUCUGACCUCAGGCGGCAUGGGACAGCUUCCCCAUACUGUGAGCUGGCCCAGCCCUCCUCUCUACCCCCUGUCCCCUUCCUGCGGAUAUAGACAGCACUUCCCCGCCCCCACCGCAGCCCCUGGCGCCCCCUACCCCAGGUUCACGCACCCGUCCUUGGUGCUGGGCUCGGGUGUACCUGGGCACCCGGCAGCCAUGCCCCACCCGGCCAUUGUGCCUUCCUCAGGAAAGCAGGAUCUGCAGCCCUACGACCGCAGCCUGAAGACACAGGCAGACUCCAAGGCAGAGAAGGAGGCUAAGAAGCCGACUAUCAAGAAGCCCCUCAACGCGUUCAUGCUGUACAUGAAGGAGAUGCGAGCCAAGGUCAUUGCAGAGUGCACACUUAAGGAGAGCGCUGCCAUCAACCAGAUCCUAGGUCGCAGGUGGCACGCGCUGUCUCGGGAAGAGCAGGCCAAGUAUUACGAGCUAGCCCGCAAGGAGAGGCAGCUGCACAUGCAGCUCUACCCAGGCUGGUCGGCACGGGACAACUACGGGAAGAAGAAGAGGCGUUCGAGGGAAAAGCAUCAGGAGUCCACCUCAGACCCUGGCUCACCUAAGAAAUGCCGUGCUCGCUUUGGCCUCAACCAGCAGACGGAUUGGUGUGGUCCGUGCAGGAGGAAAAAGAAAUGCAUUCGGUACUUACCCGGAGAAGGCCGCUGCCCCAGCCCCGUUCCUUCCGAUGACAGUGCUCUAGGCUGCCCCAGCCCCCCAGGUCCCCAGGACUCGCUCUCAUACCUUCUGCUGCCCCACUUCCCCACAGAACUGCUUGCUAGCCCCAUGGAUCCUGCACCAGCAUCCCCAGGUCUCUCCGCUGCCCUCAGCCUCCCAGCCCUUGGAUCCCCGCAGGCUUCCUGCAGCACCCUACAGAGCACACAAGUACAGCAACAGGAACCUCAGACACAGGCAGCCUAGCACACGCGGGACAGACACCUGGGCUCCUGCAGGGGCUCAGCCCCAGCCCUGAGAGGGAGCAGCAGAGCCCCAAAUCAUGUGGAAACCAGCCAGGGGCCUGUUAUCCCCUCUCAGGGUCCAAGCCAAGAGACAGAACUACCUGAGCCUGAAGCCAGCAAUUUCAGCUGCUCAAGUGGUGGGGUCAACUGUCAGCAUGGCAUGGCAUCUCAUUAAGGGCAUCCUGGUGACUGGCACCCUUCAUCUGUUUUUUGUUUUUGACAGUUUGUCUUCGAUGGUCAGAUGCUCCUGCCUCUCUUGCUCCCAGCCACCUUCUCUACCAGUGCCUUCUUAUCCUCCUCUGCCAUAGCCUCCCCAUACCAGACACUUCCUGGACCAAAAAUGACCUGGUAGGGCUGGGUAGCUCAGCAGUGCAGCACCUGCCUGACAAGCAUGAGGUCUUCAGUUUGAUUCCUGGUACCAAGAAAAAAAAAAAAAAAAAAGACCCUGUUUAUCAAACAACAUGCGAGCAUGGCAACAACCACAAAUUCAGAAUGACAGUGGUUCUCCAGGGACUGGAGAAGCUCUUCUUUACAAAAAAACAGCUGCUACCCAUAAGCUGGACUAGAAGAAGCCUCUUAGCAUGUUCUCAGGAGUUUGCAAGAGGAACAGGGAAAGGAGUAAGUUUCAGCCUAUCAACAAGGCAACAAAAACAACCUGACACUACCCUAUCAGGCAAGUGUGGAUGGUGGCUCUAGUUCACAUUACUUGGAAAUGUUCCGGAGAAACUUCCCCAACUCAAGAAGCUGUGAUACCAAGGCCCCAGGCACUGAGAGACAGGCAGCCUAGUUUUAAUAGUUGGAAAAAGUCACAGCCCAACUCUAGUGUGCAUCCCUCCCCUUUCAGAGCACUGUUUUCACGGUACCAUUCCCAGCUUACCUAUGUGGGCACAGCCAGCUCUUGGGCAGCUGAGAGGGCAAAUCUCAACCUUCCAACAGCCAGCGCCUACCUUCCACCACCCAGACCAGGUCAGCUUGUGUUCUCCUAUGGGGCUGCAGGAAGGACCAUUACAACUAAUGCAAGGAGUCCAGAAACCUCUAGUGGUGGGCAGAUGUUUUCACCACAGCCUAUUUUAACCCAUUUUUGAGCCAAGCUUCAACCCUGAGCCUUGAAAAGCAAAUAUUUUUAAAAAAAAUUUUCCCCCCUUCUCACUGUACAUAACCUGAAGCCAAAGAAAAAGGGCUGUCUCUGUAUUCACAUACUUCCUUCAAUAAAAGCCUGUAGUCCCUACUCAGAAUCCAAAGUUCACAUACUCUAGUGUAGUGUUGCAACAAAUCUUAGAAAAAUGGAUCAGUGUAGCAAAGUAUUUUUAUAUUGUUAAUGCAUUACCAUAGAAAAAGUUUUUUAACAUGAGAAUAAAGAUACUUUUUAUUGGGUUUGUUUCAAA